ACCCGCAGCUCAGAGCAAACUUUUUUUCUUCAGCAGCUGCUUUCCCAAGGCUUGGGACCAAGGAGUGAAUGUGAGCACUAACUACCGACUCUAGUUCAGACUUCUGUCCCUGUCAGCAGGACCAUGAGCCUGACCACUUGCGAGUGGAAAAAAGUGUUCUAUGAGAAGAUGGAGGUGGCAAAGCCAGCCGACAGCUGGGAGCUCAUCGCGGACCCUAACCUCAAGGCCAGUGAGCUGGCUCCUGGCUGGAAGCAGUACGUGGAGCAGCAUGCCUCCGGCAGGUUCCACUGCUCCUGGUGCUGGCACACCUGGCAGUCGGCCAACGUGGUCAUCCUCUUCCACAUGUACCUGGACCCUGCCCUGAGGAUCGGCUCAGUGCGCAUGCGCGUCUUCAAGCAGCUGUGCUACGAGUGCGGCUCGGCGCGGCUGGACGAGGCGAGCAUGCUGGAGGAGAACAUCGAGAGCCUGGUGGACAACCUCAUCAGCAGCCUGCGCGAGCAGUGCUACGGGGAGGACGGCGGCCAGUACCGCAUCCACGUGGCCAGCCGCCCAGACCGCGGGCCACACCGCGGCGAGUUCUGCGAGGCCUGCCAGGAAGGCAUCGUGCACUGGAAGCCCAGCGAGAAGCUGCUGGAGGAGGAGGCCGACGCGUCCAAGCAGAAGGCUCGGUUGGGCUACAACUUCUUCUCGUUUCGCUGGUGCAUCUUGUGGGGCGCCCUGUGCCUGCUCUUGGCCUACCUGCAGUUCUCCUUCCGCAGCCCCACUUUCCUUUAGGGGGUGGCGCUCGGGGCUGGGGCUGGGACUGGGGCGGGGUGGCGGGGUGGAGAGCAGGGAGGACACAGUGU